GACCCAAUUCCGCAAGGAAUAUAUCUUAAACAAAUACGUGUACCUUAGUCCAAAUCGCAUAUCUAACCGAGCUUCGACAUCACCUAGCCUGAGAGAGUACCGCUAGUGCUUCGUUCUCUAAUACGCUUAAGAAUGACCCAUAUACUAAUUAUUAGAAGUGAUCACUUUUACUAAGCGAACAUGCCACAUGGCUAAAGCGCUCUUUGUGCGGACCCAAGCCCAAUGACAUGGAAGAACUGAGCAUUAGACCCGGCUUCAACCUCGAUGCGGCAUUCCGUGGACAUCUUUCACCUGUACGCCGCAUCGCAUACAACGCGCACACAAGACAGUUCUUGUCCUUGGAUGAGCAUUGCCUCAAAGCAUGGACGAAGGAGCGCGAUGGCAGCACGCGGGUACACCACGACGUCCAAUUCCCAAACUACCAGCCCAACUUCAUCACAGCCAUGGUGCUCAGCCAGGAGCUCAACAUCCUGUUCGCGGCCUGCCUGGAUGACAACUUGCGCAUUUACAAUGAGCGACUGAGGCUUAAAAGCUGCAUGCCCUGGUCCAAUGGUGUCGUCCGCGAGAUGUUGUACUUUGAGCGGAGGCAUUUGCUGGUCACGGCGGGGUCGUACGGCGUCAAGGUUUGGGAGUGCCUGCUGGACUACGAGGCCUUCCGUCGCGACAAGACCAGCGACCUGUACGACGUGCCCAAGGUGAAGGACGGCUCCGUGCUGCCCUGGUGCUUCGGGAAGUACCAGCACGUGCGGCUGCGGGCCACCAUGCACGUCCCCGGCGCCCGAUUGAUGGGUGCCUCAGGGGGCGCCCUCCACGGGGGCGGUGCUGGUGGUGGUGGUGGCGGCGGGGCCGGCGGGCGGGGCAGCGGCAGCGGCAGUGCUGCCGGCAGCGACUCGGGCAGCGGUGCGGGGGGCGGUGGUGAGGGCGAGGUGGUGAAUGCGCCCUGGUGCGACCGCAUCAGCCUGCAUGAGAAGACGGCCAUGGUGCUGGCAAUGUUCCAGGGUCACGUGUACGGCUUCGACAUCCUGACUGGCGCCUGCCUGCUGUCGUACACCGACCUGUACAGCCAGCCCGUCACCAGCUGCGUGUUCGUGCCGGAGAGCGACCUGCUGUUCACAAGUGCCAUGGACACGUGCGCGGUGGUAUGGCGCAUCCCCCGCGGCUGCGAGGCGCAGCGCUUCAAGCAGUUCGGGCGCACCUACGCGCCACUCACGCAGGUGCUGGCGGAACCCGACCUGAAGCACGUGCUCACCACCUCGCUGGAUGGCUCUGUGACCCUGUGGGACAUGGAGACGCUCGCCCCCGUCUACAAGAUGAAGCUCUCCUCCGCGCCCGUCUCCACCGCCUUCUACAAACCCAACGCAUUCUUCCUGGCCACGGAAACAGAGGUGAAGCUCUUCACCAUCACGCACCUGUUCGAGUCCUGGAUGGACUGCAACAGCCCCGUCACCCACCUGCGCCACGUGUCGUACGGACUCAUUCUGGCGGAGUUCGCGGACAGCAGCGUGCGGCUGCUUGACGCCAGCGACGCCAGCCGCAGUGACAAGGCGGUUGUGACCACCAUGCCGCAGCUGAGCAGCCAGCAGCUGGUGGCGGCUGCGGUGGCGCUCACCGCCGGCCGCCUGUUCGUGCUGCUGGCGGACGGGGCGGUGCACGUGUGGCAGCUGCACCUGCGCAGGCCGCCCUCGUUCGUGUCCGCCUGGACGCACCUGGUCCGCGAGUCCUGCGUGUCCCUCGCCUUCCUGGACGGCGGUGCGCUGCCGGCGGGGGUGGGCACCCGAAUGGCGCUGCCUGCCGACCCGGUGCGCGGGGUGAGCCGCGACCACCUGGCGCUGGGGACGGCGGCUGGGGACUGCAUCCUGCUGGACACGACCAGCGGCUGCAUCAGCUUCCGCUUCCCCGCCUUCAAGCACCAGCCGCUGCAGCUGCUGGCUGCCGACCUGGACCGCGCGCUGCUGGUGACGGUGAGCCGCACCGUGAUCAAGAUCUGGAACCUGAUGGACGUGAGGUGCCUGCAUGAGCUGCAGACGUCACGGCCGGUCUCCCGUCUUGAGCUGCUGGAGGGUCGUGCGGUCGCCGGCACCGUGAGCGGCAGUGUGCAUGUGGUGGAGCUGAGCAGCGGGGCGGCCAACGCGGCCAGCGUGACUGUAGACCACCUGGACGCGGUGACGGGGGUGGCGGCCAGCGUGGCGCUGCAGCAUGUGGUGACGGGAAGCAGGGACUCGCACAUAAAGGUGUUCGACCGCGACAAGCGCUUCAAGCGCUCCAUCUACAUUGGCGCGCCCGUCACCGCGGUGUGCUACCUCAAUGACGGGGGCGACAUCCUCGCCGCCAUGGGGGCCCGACUGGUGGUCAUCCGGGCUGCGAAAUACGACAGAGCACCCUCGGAUAGGAAGGGCUCCAUAUAUGAUGAGAUGCGGGGUCAGGGCCGCACCCCCCGUGCGCUGCUGCGCGCCAUGCAGUCUCGCAUGCAGCGACUCAGUCGCGCCAAGGUGCCGCUGGAGGCAUACGCGGCGGCGGCGGCGGACGCGGGCAACCCCUCGCGCCGCCGUACACCGCCUCUGCGGCGCCAAACCACCCGCUCUAGCACCCCGAGUGCUACCCUGGAUAGGCUGAUACAAGGCAGUGCUGGAGGGGGAGGAGGAGGAGGAGGAGGAGGAGGGGUAGGAGGAGGAGGAGGAGGAGGGGUAGGAGGAGGAGGUCGUGUUGUCGCGGAUUCAUUUCGUCGGCCAGGGUCCCGGGGUACUGACGAGUACGGCGGUCUGGGUGCCGGCGUCGGUGGUAGUGUUACGUCGAGUGGCAUGGGGCCGGUGGGGGGGGGAGGCAGUGGAGCGGAGGCGGGGGGUGGCAGCAGGCCGCGGUCGCGGCAGGGGCCCCUGGAGUACGGCGGUGGAGGUGGAGGUGGCGGUACGGCGGUUGCUAUACCUGCGGAUCCCCGUUUACAGGCCCUGCAGCAGCAGCUGGGCUCCCUCUCGCGCCCCACCACCCGUGAGAGCGGCUCACGAGGGGGAGCCCGCUCGGUGCAGUGGCACGGAGGGGGGCCGGCUGGGGAGCAGGCGCAGCAGGCGCAGGCGCAUGGAGGAGGGCUGGGGAGGGCGCAGUCAGCGGAAGAAGGUUCCCGGCCCAAUCCCGCAACCUCCGCCGCCGGCACGACGACGUCUACUGGGAGACCUGGGUCCGACCCGCCAGGGCCCAAGACCUCCGGUGCUGCUGCUGCCACCGCCACCACCGCCACCGCCACCACCACCCCAGCAGCCGUGUCCUCUCCUCGCGGCUCCGCCUCCACCUCCACCACCCACCCCAGCGUGGGAGCUCCCUCCACCUGGCCCUUCGCCAGCAGCAGCACCACCAGCACCAGCACCAGCACCAGCAACCCGCCUGCCGCCACAACCUCGACCUCAGGUGCCCCCAGCGCCUCCACUGCCACCUCAGUCCCAGCAGCAUCGGCAGCCCGGAGCGGCGGCAGCCCUCGGGAACAGCAGCAGCAGCAGGGGCGGGGCCGGGGUCAGCUGCGGCAUCGGGGCGGGCUAGCGUCAGCGGUGGUGUGGGUGCGGGUGUGUUUGAUUUGAAUGCGGAGUUGGCGGGGGCAAAGUCGGAGGAUGAGGACGAGGGGCAUGUGAUCGCCAAGGAGAUGUACCCCUUCGUAUACAGCUACAAUCUGCACCGGGAGAAGAUGCGCAUCGACCGGCUGCUCCACGGAUUGCCCAGCGUGCACGCCGCCAAGCGAGGCAGCCUGCUGGCGCCCACUGAGCCCGUGCCGCUGCGCCCCUCCUCUCGGGGGCAGGCGGGCGGCAGCAGGGGCAGCAGGGGCAGCGCCGGCUCGCUGCGGCUCACCAGCCUACAGCAGCAGCAGCAGCAGCAGGCGGGGUUGCUGGCUGGGCCGGGACAGCAGGGACAGGGGCAGCAGGGGCUGCAGGGGCAGAUGGGGGGUGGGGCUGCGGGGGGCAUGGGAUGGGAGGGGGGUGCUGGAGGAGGGGGAGGAGCAGGUGGAAGGGCAGAGGAGGAAGAAGAGGAGGAAGAGGGGCAGAGCGGCGAGGGCGAGUCGAGCCGAGAUGACGUUUCUUGCAGCUCGGACGCGCACUCCGGCGUUUCCUCAGAGCCCGACGCGCCCUCCCACGCCGCCGGCCUGUCCGCCGCCUUCCGACGCACCCUCCCUGUCAUCGCCUCCCCCUCCGCCUUCUUUGACGGCUACCCACCCCCCGAGGCACUGCCGCGCACCAAGAAAGGCGGCGGAGGGGGCGGCAAGAAGAAGCGGAAGGAGGAGGGGGUGACUGCUGCGGCCGGAGCUGCAGCAGCAGAGGGCUCGGCUGGGGCAGGGGAAGCAGGUGCUGCGGCUGGUGCGGGCGCGGAAGGUGAAGCGGCACGGAAGGCUGCAGCGGCGGCGGCGGCAGCAGCGGCGAAGAAGAAAAAGAAGAAGCGGCGGCGGCGGCGAGCGCGCGCGAACACCGACCCCGUUGACCAAUUGAAAAGCCGGCUUGACUACGAGAUCCGAGCCGAGGUGAAGGCCUACGAGAAGCACCUCAACGUGCAGCGCCUGGCCACCGCCACCUUCCUGCUGCUGCUGCGGCGGCGGCGGCGGCGGCGGCGAGUGCAGCCGGAGGGACGAGCCCGGGAUCCCCCGCCGGCGGCGGUGCCACGAUAGCUGCGGAGCCCUCCGGGCACAGCACACACAGCUUUGGCAGUAGUCAUGCGAACACCGCCGCUGCCGCCGCUGCGGUUGCUGACGCGGCCUCCUCGCCAGUUGCUACACCCAACACCGCCACCACCGCCACCGCCACCGCCCCCACCGCUAGCUGCUCUGCCAGCAUGCGUACCAGGAGCGGCGGCGGUGGUGGCGGCGGCGGAGGCGGAGGCGGACCGCCCAUGUCCAUCAAGGCGAUGAUGCGGAGUCUGGGUGUGCGAGGCAACGUGGCGGACAUUGCGCGCAUGAUCGAGGACCCCAACAGCUUCAUCGUGGCGCAGGAGCAGCGGGUAGAGGAGGGGGC